AUGUACAAGAGCUCCAGUUCCAAUACAGCAACCACUGGUUCAUCACUGCCCAUUACGCCACCCACGAUCCAUUCCAUCACUAGUAAACCUCAUGACCAAAGAGACAAGAGCUCUGGCUACGAUUCCGAUUCUUCAGACGAAGGAGGACGUCGACCCACUCUGCCUCAACAAGGAUUGACACUAAGAAUCACCAACCCUGACACGGAAUCGGACACUUGCAAAUCAGCCCCUACUACAACUGAUGUGGCUAUGGCUAUUGUUGCAAGCGUCACUGAUGUCUGUCAUCAUCAUCAUCAUCAUCAUCAUCAGCAGCAGCAGCAGCAGCAGCAGCAACACAUAUCAAUUAGCAAUGUACCUGAUUUGCCACCUCACAUAAACUUAAAUGGGCCAUACACCACUCUACCACAUCGUGAGUCUAAGACAGUUGCAGUAAGCAUGCACGAACCACAAGCAGACUAUCAGAAAGAGCCAACAAGUGUCACUGAUCAGCAGAUGAAGGUGUUACCAUUUCAGCAGCAGCAGCAGCAGCAGCAGCAGCAGGCUCCUUGUUCGCCAUCUAUUAAUGACAUCGCCUUGCCCACCUCACCCAAAACAUCCACUCAAUUAGCAACCGAAUACGCUGCCAGUAACGCUUCAAAAUAUGCCAAGGUAUCCUACCACCUCACAAACGAUCCAAAUGCCAUCAAAAUAUACAGGGACAUGGCAGAAAAGACAAACGAUACCACGGUUCAGCUCAUGUUUGCAAAGUAUCUACUCGAAACUGCCAAUGCAUUCUUCCCAAACGCAUCAACCAGUGCUGCUCCUGUGGUUGUGGGUAGCAUGUGGGGCCUUGGUACAACCACCAAGAAGGUGCAGAGACCAGACCCUUUCCUCGUAGUGCCCAGCAUAACAGAGGAAGAAGCUAUGAAUGGGUCGUCCUACAACAGCGUCCAGUCAAGCAACAAGAACCGAGCUUCGUCGUUUGAUGCAGUGACAUCGUUUCGUCCAUCAAUAUAUGGAGACAGACCUUCUACCAUUGCUACGACAUUGUUCGUCAAGCAACAGCCACAGCAACGUGAUCGACAUGGCAAUACCAAAUCAUCGAAAGAAAAGGCUGCUGUAGAUCAAACACGUAUUCAGAAACGAAAAGCGUUGGAGGACGAAGGUGUUAAAUGGAUCAAACGGCUCGCUAAACUCAAUGUCGCUGAGGCAUGUUAUAUGCAAGCACGCUGGAUGGACAAGGAAAUGUACGGCUUCAAACAGAAUAAAACGAAAUCAAUACAGUUGCAUCAAGUGGCUGCUAAAGCUGAUAUACCUGAAUCCGUGUUUGCGCUUGCUGAAUACCUGCAAGAAGAAGGUAAAGUGGAGCCUAGCCGUGUUUUGAGAUACUAUAAAGCGUCAGCAGAGCAAGGUUAUGUGAAUGCCAUCUAUAAAAUGGCAUUGAUUACGCUGAAGGGAGAACUUGGAACCAGACAAAGUUUAGUGCAAGGCUUAAAGCUCAUAUAUGAUGCAUGCAAGCUUUGCUCUGAAGAAUUCAAUGAACCAUUGUAUACAUUUGGACUUAUGCUGACAAACGACGAACAGAGUCAAGUCGAUGUGCCAAGUGAACUAAGUGAGGCAUACGGUGGAAAAGCUGCUGGCAUUUUAUACUACGAACGAGCUGCAAGCCUCAACAAUGCCAAAGCACAAGCCAAGUUGGGCUCCAUUUACGAGCAUGGAUUGUAUGGAGAGUCCAUGAAUUUUGCAAGAGCCUACUUUCAUUACGAAGUAGCCGCUCUAAAUGGCAAUCCCAAAGCCAUGCUGGGUCUGUGUCGUCUUCAUAACCGAGGCAAUCAUGGCCCAGGGGAUAACAAUGAAGCGUUUCGACUGGACAAUGAUGUAUCUGGUUGGCUAGCUGCUACACCUAUCAAUGAAGAUUUAUCGUUUCAGUGGUGUGAGAGAGCAGCCAAAGCAGAACUUGUGGAUGCAUUGGCCUUGUUAGGAUGGUUCUAUGAGCGAGGAUUUGGUACUCCAAGAGAUUUCAGUCGAGCAGAGAAAUACUAUAGAUUGGCGGCAGAGCAAGGAGAUGCAGGGGCAAGAUCCCGACUAGUGCAAACGAAUCAUUCCAUCACCAAACAACAGCAUGAAGUGAUAAAUAAAUGCAUUACACCAAUGCCUCAGCCGAAAAGCAGAAAGACUCCAGAUUUUAGCAACAAGAAAGGUAACUGCUACUGCAUGUAA